AACGUUUUCAAGUAUUUUCUUUCUCGUGUCCAAAAGAAAGCAAAGAGAGAAACCCUAGAGAAAACUCUGCAACUCCAACAACUGAUCUCUGCGGUCUUACACUUCCAUCUCCAAACAUGCAGUCACCAGUUCUCGUUCUCAAGGAUUCCCUCACUCGUGAAUCUGGAAGCAAGGUGCAUCAUGCAAAUAUUCAAGCCUCUAAGGCAGUUGCUGAUAUUAUUCGCACCACGUUGGGUCCAAGGUCCAUGUUAAAGAUGCUUCUCGAUGCUCAAGGAGGUAUUGUGGUCACUAAUGAUGGAAAUGCCAUUUUGCGGGAGUUGGAUAUUGCUCACCCAGCUGCAAAGUCCAUGAUUGAACUAAGCCGCACACAGGAUGAGGAAGUUGGUGACGGAACUACAUCAGUUAUUGUUCUUGCUGGUGAGAUGCUUCAUGUUGCAGAAGCUUUCAUUGAUAAGAAGUAUCAUCCUACAGUUAUUUGCCGAGCUUACAACAAGGCUCUUGAAGAUGCUCUUGCUGUGUUGGACAAGAUCUCCAUGUCUAUUGAUGUGAAUGAUCGUUCCAUGAUGCUGGGUUUGGUGAAGAGUUGUAUCGGCACAAAAUUUACCAGUCAGUUUGGGGAUCUAAUAGCAGAUCUAGCACUUGAUGCAACAACGACAGUUGGUGUCGAUAUAGGCCAGGGACUUAGAGAAGUGGAUAUUAAGAAAUACAUUAAGGUUGAGAAAAUUCCAGGUGGCCAAUUGGAAGAUUCUAAGGUCCUCAAAGGUGUUAUGUUUAGCAAAGAUGUGGUCGUCCCGGGAAAAAUGAGAAGGAAAAUUGUAAAUCCCCGUGUCAUUUUGCUUGAUUGCCCUCUGGAAUAUAAGAAGGGAGAGAACCAGACAAAUGCAGAAUUGGUCAGAGAAGAGGAUUGGGCAGUACUCUUGAAAAUGGAAGAAGAGUACAUUGAAAAUCUAUGCGUACAAAUACUGAAGUUCAAGCCCGACUUGGUGAUCACAGAGAAGGGGCUUAGUGACUUAGCCUGCCAUUACUUCAGUAAAGCUGGAGUCAGUGCCAUUAGGAGAUUAAGGAAAACCGACAAUAAUAGAAUUGCUAAGGCAUGUGGAGCUGUGAUUGUGAAUCGGCCCGAUGAACUUCAAGAAUCAGACGUUGGAACUGGGGCUGGACUCUUUGAGGUAAAAAAGAUUGGUGAUGAGUUCUUUGCCUACAUUGUUGAUUGUAAAGAUCCGAAAGCAUGCACCGUUCUUCUCCGAGGUGCUAGCAAAGACCUUUUAAACGAAGUGGAGCGGAACUUGCAGGAUGCUAUGUCGGUGGCUAGGAACAUCCUAAAGCAUCCAAAACUUGUUCCUGGUGGGGGUGCCACUGAGUUGACUGUUUCUGCAACUCUGAAGCAGAAGAGCUCAUCGAUAGAAGGCAUUGAAAAGUGGCCUUAUGAAGCUGCAGCCGUAGCAUUUGAGGCGAUACCACGAACAUUGGCACAGAACUGUGGUGUCAAUGUCAUUAGAACUAUGACUGCUCUUCAGGGGAAGCAUGCAAAUGGGGAGAAUGCAUGGACCGGGAUUGAUGGGAAUUCGGGUGAAAUUGCUGAUAUGAAAGAACUUAAGAUCUGGGAUGCUUAUAACGUGAAGGCACAGACCUUCAAGACAUCCAUCGAGGCUGCUUGUAUGCUUCUAAGGAUUGACGACAUUGUGAGUGGAAUAAAGAAGAGGCAAGCUCCUGGAGCUAGUCAACCAUCAAAACCCACUAUUGAGCAAGAAGGGGAAGCCGACAAUGAGCAAAUGAUUCCCGAGUGAAAUAAAAGGUAAUCCGUAACACAUUAAUCUAGUUUUGUGGGCAAGUUUUUCACUCGAUCAAAAAUCGCAAUUUCUUUUGUGUUUUAUUGUUGUCAAGUCCCUGCUGGACUAGUUGGCUAUCCAAAAUUUUGGUCGUUUUUAUGUUUUAUGGUUGGGGCUGCCUGCUGUGUUUUUAUACUUUGAAUCCUAGUAUUUGGUGUUCAUUUUGUACUGUUGACAUUGUAUUGUAUAUUAGUUGGUUAGAGUGGUAGCAAUCUGUAUCCCGUAUAACGUGGGUUUACAUGAUCUGAAAUGAUGAGGGUGAAAAGACAAUGUUACCCAUGUUUAAAUGUGUGCAUGUGAUGCUGGGGAAUUGAGUUUUCUGUGACCCAAAUGGAUUUGAUUUCGUUAAAUUUUA